ACAUUUUAUUUAUAUUUUAGUGAUAGUCUAUUACCAUUAUUUGACUAACAAAGUAUGCCAUUUGUGUGCAAGGCAAGUUGGGAGUCCGAAUCGAUUGAAUUUUUUCAUUUGGUUUAUAUAUUUAAUCGUUUAAGAUGCGAAAUUCUGUGGCAUUUUUGUUUUGUCUUGUGGUGUCGUCAUUUAAAACAUCGGCCGAAUACGAUGGUUUAAUAAACGCGUUGACCAGAGUGUUUAUUCAUAAUCACGUACAAACUGUAACUGCUGUCACGUGUUGGCCCAGAGACGCAAACAAUCGACUACUAUUGGCACUGUCGUCGGCUGAUAUAUCAGUGAAUUUCCAUCCGUCCGUGAUUCCAGUGCACGAGACUUGGUAUAGAUAUGGAAUUCUGGUCGAUGUGUCUUGUGCUCAAGUUGCGACCACUCUGUUUCAGAAGGCUUCGAAACACAGACUAUUUAACAUGCAAAAUGAUUGGAUACUAAUAAAUUCACGGCAAAACGAAAGUCACUCGCGAAAGACAUCGGCGAUUGCGCUCGAGACGUUUGAAAUGCAUUUAAGCGAAGCGUACGUUCUACCAGAAUCCAAUGUGUUCCUUUUUGUCGACUUCGCCGGUGGGUGGGAAAUAUGGGAGGGUUUCAAAGUCGGUAAAAUGGAAAGAAUCCAAGUGAACAGAUAUGGAAUGGUGACAACCGACAAGCUUAAUUUUGAAAAAAAUCACUCCAUCUCGUUCAGGUCCAACCUACGAGGUAUCACAUUGAAGGCUACUACUGUGAUCUCGGAACCAAACAAAUUCAAAGGAUUUUAUCCAUUUGCUGACACAGAUUUAGACACUUUCGCUCAGAUGCACUACGAUUUGAACAUGAUUUUACAGGAUCAACUUAAUUUUAAAAUAGAUCUAGGUAUCGUCGAUAGUUUUGGCUGGAAUUUGGGAAACGGAUCGUUUAGUGGGCUGACGGGUCAACUACAGAGAGAAGAAAUCGAUUUCGGCGGCAUUGGUUCAUUCAUAAGAAAGGAUCGAAUGACUGCAAUUGACUAUACCGUAGGGACGUUCUAUAGACAGCCGGCGGCGUUGUUUAAACAGCCACCACUAUCCAGCGUCCACAACAUUUGCAUUCUACCGUUCAAGUUUGAAGUGUGGAUGGUAACGCUUUUCACAUUUAUCGGAUUUACGAUUCUCAUCGCGUUCUUGUCCCGGACAACCCGUGCGUUUAAGAAGGACGAAAAAGAAACGUUAAACGUUUUGGACUCGGUUACGAUCGUGCACGGAGCGAUUUGCCAACAAGGGUACACAAUGAAUCUGAACGCAGGGUCCAUACGAGUUGCCAUUUUCGUGUUGUUUUUGACUGCGGUAUUUUUGUUCACGUCAUACUCGGCCAGUAUCGUUGCAUUACUCCAGUCACCCAGCAAUUCGAUAAAAACCAUUAACGAUUUGGUGGAAUCGUCGAUGACAUUUAGCGCACAAAUCACUCCGUACAGUCGUGUAUACUUCGACGAAUCUGACGACCCACUUUUACGAAAGCUUUAUGAUAAAAAGAUGAAAUCUCACGAUAAAGAUAUGUAUACAGAAGCUUCUACGGGAAUAACUAGAAUCCGAACAGAGUUCCAUGGAUUUUUGAUUGAGGUUGUAUCGGCGUACAAAUUAAUUAGUCAAUUGUGGCGAGAAGAAGAAAAAUGUGGUAUAUCGGAGAUUCAACUUUUCAAAUUACCAAUACUUGCAUUAGCGGUUGUUAAAAGAUCUGGAUAUAAAGAUAUUUUAAAACAAAAAUUAAUGCAACAACAAGAGGUCGGACUCAAAAAUCGAAUCAUAAGACGAUGGAUCCCUGCCAAGCCUAUGUGUGAUUCUUCAAACCGAGCCAAUCAGUUUGUCAGUGUUUCUAUAAAAGAAAUCUAUCCCAUGCUUCAAAUAUAUGGAUUUGGAUUAUGUAUUUCGAUCAUAAUUCUAUUUUUCGAAAUUGCAUACAACGCGUACACUUGCCGAAGCAAAACUCUGCACAUCAAUUCAUAUUUAAGUGUGUUUCGUUUUAUGUAUAAUAAAAGAGACUCUUAAGUAUAAGUAUACAAUAUUAUUAGUAUCACGACAUAUUUGAUAUCAUGUUCGUUAUUUCCAAUCAUUAUCCGUGUAGAAUUACGUUCAGCAGUAUGGCCCAUUAAAUUAUUGAAAUUUCCGUUUUUAUGAUAUUUUAUUUAUGUAAAACUUAUCUCAAGUUUAUCGGCCGUGAUUUUUUAAGUAUGCCUACAUUGUAUUUACAUCGUUAAAAUAUACGUACUAAUGUAUAAAAUGUAUUACACAAGUUUAAACAAUUAGAAAACUAUAAUAUAUUAAUAUAUAGUAACAUCGGUGAACUAUUUUAAUUUAAAGUAAAACGAUUUUUUUGUGAUUAAUUUACCUACCUCUAAAAAUGUCAUAUAUAGUUAAUUAAGUUAUUACGUAGGUAUAAUAUAUUAUUAUUAUAUGUAUUUUUUAUUAUCGCUUAAUAAUUGGGCAUAAUGUAAAAAUAUUGUAACGUUAGUUAUUAUUUUUGUGUGUAAAACUCUGAGACGAUACGUUAAGGAAAAAAUCGAACGCGUUCAAUAAAAUGCAAUUGGCAAUCACUACGGCAUGAAUAAUAUUGAAUUAAUUGCAUUAUUCAAUAAAAUACAAAUAUA